AUGUCUCUACCGAACGGUGUAGACGUGUCCCAGUUGGUGCAACACCCCGUGCUGGCGGCUCUGCCACCCUUCUUCUUGAGAGCCUCCGAGAGAUAUCAGCGUACCCCAAAAUGCGCUCGAUGCAGGAACCACGGCGUGGUGUCUGCGCUCAAAGGGCACAAGCGAUACUGCCGGUGGAGGGACUGCGUGUGUGCCAAGUGUACCCUCAUAGCUGAACGGCAGCGGGUUAUGGCUGCACAGGUGGCGCUUCGUCGCCAGCAGGCACAGGAAGAAAACGAGGCUCGGGAACUGAACCUACUGUAUGGAGGACAGCCAUCAUCAGCGUCACAUUUCCCUGAAUUGUCUGAUGAAGCACCAGUUCAGAAACGAGCUCGCAUCACUGAAGUGUGUUCCAGCCCGUCACCACCAGACAUCCAGGAAUCGAAGACACCAGUCCAGACGCCGCCUCUCUCCACACCACCCCCCAGAUCCCCAUCAGACCACGAACUAAACGUAGAAGAAGAAUUAGACCAUUCCGAAUCAUCGCUUACUCCAGAAAAUUUAUCCCUCAAAGAACAGAGACAAGACGACGUCAAGAAAGAAGAAGAUGACAAAUGGGAGAACCCAAAUUACAAAUACAGACGCGGGAAACCUGAAACCCACAUGCCAGAACCUCUGGAAGAUUCCACGCCGUUCCAGAAGUCGCCAGUCGAUGUACUCCUAAAGGUAUUUCCACGACGCAGUCGCCAGGAGAUAGAAGCGAUUCUGGCCAGAUGUAAAGGUGAUGUGGUAGCUGCUAUGGAAAUGAUGGUGAAUGGUCCUGAAUCCUCGUACAAUUUAACCCCUGAGUCUCCAUACAUGCAGAGCUAUCAAUCCAAAUCAGCGUUUUCUCCACUCUCCAACCAGAGUUUUAAGUUUUCGCCAUCGAGAAGAUUCCUAACACCUCCGUACAGUGGGACAGGAUACUUGCCCACAGUAAUUCGACCGCCUCCAGAGUACUUAUCCUCGUUUCUGCCACCUACUGAGCUGAUGUACGGUCGACAGCUACAAGUACCGUCACCUGGCACAUCACCAACCUCUGAUAAUACGAACAAUGAAGGGUUUUCUGAUUAGGGUUCGAGAUGGACGGUGUUGUAAAGCACUAGUGUCCAGCAGAAUUUACAUGAUAUCUUCAAAUUUAUUGUGAGAUGUAUCAUGAAUAGAUAGAAGAAUUGAAAACACUGCGCGAAAACGUAAAGUUUAAAUUAU